AUGCAUACACAACCAACUCCAUCAUCUGCGUCAGUAAACACCGAUGAAAUAAAUAAAUUCAAUCGUACUGCAGCUGAAUGGUGGGAUCCUAAUGGUCAAUAUAAACUUUUGCACAAGAUGAACCCUGUACGAGUCAAAUACGUGAGAGAUAUGCUGGUGGCUCAUAAUGCUGUCACUUCUGAAUCCACUCUAGCGCUUCCAUUUGCUGGCAUGAGGCUGCUAGAUAUAGGCUGCGGAGGUGGUUUUCUUUCCGAGGCUCUAGCUCGAUUAGGUGCACAAGUCGUUGGUGCCGAUGCUUCUGGAGAAAAUAUCAAUGUUGCUACGGCACACUAUGCGUUGGAUAGACUGCUGAAAAAAGGACCUGGAUCUAUCGAUUAUCGCCACACUACUGCAGAAAAGCUUGCUCAGCAAGGCGAGCAGUUUGAUGCAGUCGUGGCGCUUGAAAUUCUUGAGCAUGUAAAUGAUCCAAAAUCCUUUGUACGCACAUGCACGCAGCUAGUCAAGCCCGACGGGUUAAUGUUUUAUUCUACAAUUAAUCGUACCCCAGCAUCGUAUAUAUUCACAAUAUUGCUAGCAGAACAUUUCUUGAAAUGGGUGCCAGUUGGGACCCACUCGCAUGACAAGUAUAUUGCACCAGAAGAGCUUGAGAUGUAUUUACGUGCUGCACAAAGUAGUAUGUUGAAUACUUCUGGAAUUGGAUACAAUUUGCUAACUAAAACAUGGUCGUUGCUUGAUGAAACUCGGCCCUGUGGAUUGGACAUGAACUAUAUCAUGGCAGCACGUAAAUCCAUUCUAUAA